AUGGAUGUUAUAGAUCAUAAUGCAGAGCUGGAACGCCAAACGUCCGAAAUGGCAAACGGUCCAAGCCAUCAAAAGGACGCAGAUCCGGAAAAGGUCGAUUCACAUUCCAUUUCCGAUACUUCAAAUCCAGAUCAAAAACGUACAAUUGAACAAAAUGCAAUCUUGAGAAAUUUACAAAGAGCAGCCGAAUUCUUAUCACGUUUUAAUAUCGAAAGUAUUGGGAUUGCACCAUUACGUAAAGAGCAAAGGAUUGUUCGACAAUGGUGGAGUCCAGGUUUGCUAUGGUUCAGUGCCAAUGUGAACGUGCUGACAUUCUCAGGUGGUACAUUAGCACCAAGUCUAGGUCUAGGAAUGGUUGCCUCUCAAAUCACAAUCUUACUAUUCAGCGCUGUAUUAUCGAUACCCGCAGCCUAUUUCAGCUGUUUUGGACCUCAAUUAGGAAUGCGACAAAUGGUGCAAGCACGAUUCUCAUGGGGUUACUUUCCAACUUGUAUUGCCUGUCUAUUGAACGCAGCCGGAAUGAUUGGUUUUACCACUUUGAACAAUAUCUUGGGAGGCCAAACACUAAGCGCAGUACCAAAGGAUAACACUCUGAGCGCCACCGUCGGAAUCGUGAUCAUUGCCGUGGUCUCGUUACUGGUCUCAUUCUCGGGCAUUCGAGUCUUACACCUCUUUGAACGUUGGCUUUGGUUACCCGUGUUGAUCUGCUUUUGCAUUUUGAUCGGCUUGGCCGGAACGGGACCCGAAGGACUUCACAUCCCAACCAAUGACGCACCACUAGAAGCAAGAGCAGUUUUGGGAAUGGGCGCAGUCGUUGCAGGUUAUCUGGUGGCAUGGGCACCGCUAGGUUCGGAUGUGACCCAUUAUAUCGCGCCAGACGUUCCUUCAUACAAAAUCUUUGUUGCCGUCUUUUUGGGCUUUUUCCUUAGCACAGCUCCGAUUAUGAUGUUAGGAGCUGCAUUUGCAAUCUCUGCAAAAGAUAUACCAGCUUGGGAAAGUGCUCUUCAGGUCAGUAAUGGAGCACUGUAUGAUGUCAUCUUAACGGGACCUGGCGGUGUGGGCAACUUUGGUCGAUUCCUCUUGGUGAUUUUGGCUUUAUCUGCAAUUGGAAAUAUUGCCGCAACUCUUUACUCAUUUGGAUUAACUUUACAAACACUUUUACCAUUGCUUGGAUACGUGCCAAGAUUCAUUUGGCCAGUAUUGGCAACAGCUAUCGUUCUGCCACUAGCCAUCGUCGGGGCCGAUCACUUUUACACAACACUAUCCAACUUUUCGGCCGUUUUGGGAUAUUGGGCAUCGCUUUUCGUUGCUGUUGUUUUGAUGGAACACGUUUUCAUUCGAAAGAGAAACUUUGAUUCAUACGACACAAGCGUUUGGAAUGAUUAUCGUAAAUUACCUUUAGGCAUUGCAGCUCUUGUAAGUGCGAUCCUUUCGCUUGGCUUGGUUAUUCCUUCGAUGGAUCAAGUUUGGUUUUCCGGUCCUAUCGCACAAAAGUCCGGUGAUUUGGGAUUUGAGUUGGGCUUUGUGAUUUGUUGCAUCAUUUAUGUUCCUUUGCGAUUGUUGGAAAGACAUCUUACGGGACGUUGAGAUUCAUCAUAUUUAUUUUGACUGUAGAUUACUGUACAUUAUACCAUACACGCCACAAUAGAAACGCUCAUGGAAUUGGAUUUUUAGAGCAGACGAUCUGAUUGCCAAAGUUGAUGGGGGAUUGCCUUUUAGCGCGUAACGUUUGCCGGCGGUUGAGAAACGUGGCAUUUAUUGAAGUUUUUGACAUGCAAGUCAUACAAGAUGCUAUCAUAAUCAGACAUUUCAUUAGAAAAG